AUCUGCAUUUAUUUGUGUUGGGUCGUACGUACGUGACGGAAUCGGCUAGCGUGAUGGUGGCGGAAGUGUUUGGAAAGUAGCGGAGUAGUUAAUUAUUUUUUGUAAAAUAUAUUUCCCGUGUUUAUUUUUUGGUUAUUAGCUAAAUUUUUAUAGUAAAACAACCGCCACCAAAUGCCGUGUUCGCCGUGUUAGUGUUAGUGUUAAAUUUAGUGGCCACCGUGUGCUGUGUUCGUCGUUGCCGCGCUAAGUGCCCGUAAAUCGUCAUCGUUGCCUGUUUGAAAUGGAAUUGCGUUUACAUAGUCCUGUUGGAGCUGAGCCUGUAGUAUACAAAUGGCCAAUGAUAAUUGGGAGAGGAUCGGACAAGCAUGAUGGUGCCUUGGGAAUAAUUGAUACAAUUAAAUGGGUAUGCGACGAUUUCCCUGAUAUGAAAAUUCCAUUGGAGAAUAACAUCCUGUGCGACUACGAUACAAAAUCGUAUGAAAGCAUGAAGUCCCUGUGUGACAGGUUCAACAAGGCUAUCGACAGUAUGGUGCAAAUGAAUAAAGGAACUUCGUUACAAAAAUUUAGUAGGAAGGCAUCCAGAGGACUACUUCGUCAUAUUAUACAACAAGUGUACAAUGUUUCUGUCAGUGACCCUGAUAAAUUAAAUCAAUAUGAACCCUUUUCUCCAGAAGUUUACGGAGAAACAUCAUAUGAUCUUAUUUGUCAAAUGAUUGAUUUAAUUAAUAUUACAGAGGAAGAUAUUUUUAUUGAUCUUGGAUCAGGUGUUGGUCAAAUAGUUUUACAAAUGGCCGCAUCAACUCAAUGUAAAAUUUGCUGGGGUGUUGAAAAAGCUGAUGUUCCAUCAUCCUACUCUGCAUUUAUGCAUACAAACUUUCAAAAAUGGAUGUCUUGGUAUGGAAAACAGUAUGGCGAGUAUAAGCUUAUCAAAGGAGAUUUCCUAAGUGAAGAACAUAGAGAGAAAAUAACUAAUGCAUCUAUUGUCUUUGUUAAUAAUUAUGCUUUUGGACCACAAGUUGAUCAUGCUUUAAAAGAACGUUUUGCUGAUCUUAAAGAUGGUGCUAGAAUAGUUUCAUCAAGAUCAUUCUGUCCACUUAAUUUUCGAAUGUCUGAGCGAAACCUAAGUGAUAUUGGAACAAUUAUGCAUGUAUCAGCUAUGGAACCAAUAACUGGAUCAGUGUCUUGGACUUGUAACCCUGUGAAGUACUAUCUGCAUGUUAUAGAUCGAACAAAGCUUGAACGAUACUUUACUCAAAAUAAGCUUCCUGUUUCAAAGUCAACAAGGGUAAAUGGAGAAAAACAGAAAACUAUUGCUAAUAAUAAUAUUAAUAGCUCUUCAGAUGACACAGAUUCAAUGUUGAGUAAUAUGAAUGGUGAUAGUGUUGAUGGUAGUACCACAAUAAGUUUAGCAUCAGAAAAAACAAAAAUCACUAAUAACCGAGAAUCUUGGUCUGAUUUAGGAGGACAUAAUAGUGAAGGAGAUAAUGAAAAUGUUUCUGAUAAUCAUAAUAGAGCUAGUAGAAAAGUCAUGAAGCGCAAUACACCUCGUCGUAGCCGUAGUUUUAAGACUAAUACUAAUUCAUUACAUAACCGAUCACAUUCUGAAGCUACUCCUAUUGUGAGGGAUGUAGAGAAAAAUAAUAAUACUAAAGGAAAGCGCACUACUUCAAAAGCUCGUAAACAAAAAACAAAACGCAAAGCUCCCAAACGCCAUGUUAAAAUUUCAGCCUCUUUAAACUUAUUGCAUAGUGAAACUGUUCUUAGCACUACUCCUGAAGUUUCAAUGAGUAUAAAAGAACCUCCUAAAGGAUGUAUUGAUCAUACAUUAACUUCCAUUACUGGUGUUGGUGCUGGGUAUGCUGCUACUCAUACUGAACUGCCUCCACCUGAUGGUGAUAUUCCAUAUUCUUUACAAUUACUCUUGGAUGAUUAUAAACAAGGUUUCAUGAAUAUGAUAAAUAUGUUUAAAACUAAAAAGUUUAAAGAAGAUGUUGAAGCACAAAUCAAAGUUGAAAAGGAAAAGAAACAAAACUUAAGCAUGAAAAUUAAUCAAAUUAAGAAACAAGUAGAUCAUUUGAUUAAAGAUAGUUGUAGUCUUUUGAAAACUCGCAUGAAAGAAUUAGAUAUUGUACCGACAAAUACUACAGGAGAUGUGUUAACAGCAGCUAAAGUUAUUGUGUUAAGACACAAAGAUUUACAAACUAAAGUUGCUAAAGUAAAAAAUGAGACUAAUGUUUUGGAGAAUCAAUACUGGGAUUUCUACUGUAGAAGAGCUGCUGAAGUGAAUGCUAUUGGAACACCAAGUUCUUUAGUUAUACAGCAGUCAGAAAAUUUAACUGAUCAUGAAGUUAUCACCCAAAAGAUAUUAAUGACAGAACUCAUGGAAAAUAGAAAAAGAAAACAUUCUCUAUCUAAAACAAUUGAAUCAGUAAAAAAUGAAAUUGAUAGCUUAGAAAAACAAAAUGUUUCAAACAAAUAUAAUUCUACUAUGAACAAUCAAAUGACAAAUAACAAAAAAUCAAGAAUUCGUUCACAAGAUUGGCCUGAUGUUCCAGAUAUAGCUAAAAUUGAUGAAAAAAAUCCAGAAAUUUUAGCUCAAAAGAUUUUGGAAACUGGUCGUCAAAUUGAGGCUAGAAAAAUUGUUGAAAAUGGUAAGCAUAUAGAAACAGCAGCAAGAUAUCAACGAUCGACUAAAAUCUUCAACAGACAUUCAUCUGAUACACCACUCAAAGUGCCUUUCUAUGAUGAACAUGUUAAAGAUCUCAUUACCAGUGCUCUUAAUGAACCAUCAUCUAAAAGUCCAGAUUACAGUGUUGUAUCUCCAGCCAAAGUUGCUCUUAGAAGACAUUUAUCACAAGAAAAAAUUUCUCCAAAUCCAUCUGUACAGCAAAAUAUGAUUGCUAGAACAAUUGGUGAUGUUUUAAAUAAUGAAAUUGAAAGAUGCUUAGAAAUGGAUCGGCAAAAUCGUACUUUAGAAAUAAGCAAUCAGUCAAUUAUUAAUGCUGUUGUUCCAUUAUCUAUGCAUAAUAAUAGAACCAAAGAUAAUAUGAUUAGUAAUCAACCAUCAGAAAAACAUCGGUCUUUUAUGUACAUACCUUUACCUAAAGCUGAUCUAAAACCAUACCAAGAAUCGUUAUUUAAUGAUGACACUCCCCCUCCAAUUUUGACCACUCUUAAAGAAGAACCUGUUGAAGGUUUGGCUGCAUCACUACAUGAUCGGCUACUAGAUAAUGAUGGCGAAGAUAGCAAUGGAGAUGAAGGACUGUCGUUUAAAGAAGAAAAGACUGAAUCCGAUACACAGUCAGCACAUAGGAUACUCAAACGAAGUUCUCAAUCACCCGGUCCUAUUCCAUCAAAAAAACUGACACCGAUGUCAGAUAGACUUCCCUCUGAAGAAGAUGAAAAAUGGAAUGAUCGUAUUCGAGAAAGAUUUGACAAUUUGGUUACAUUUGCUUCUCUUGAGUUAGACAAACGGAGGCGUAAUAGUUCUGAUGCAGCUGCAGCUAAUACUAGUCCUGAUAGUGGUAUUGGACAUGGUGAUCCACCACCUGCCCUACAGCCACCUCCAUCACCAUCACCUCCUUUUUCUCCUGCUCCUCUUGAUGGACCCUAUAGCCCAGUACCAGCACCAACUGUAACAACACCAAAUAUACCAUUAAGGUAUCAACGUCAUACAAACCACAAAAAGAAAUCUUUCAGAGACAAGUAUAAAUCAACUUGUCCUAAAGCUAAAGCAUGGGCAGCAAAAUGGAUGGACGCUGAAAUUCAGAAUACAAACAACUUUUUUUAGUAAGUAUUUUCUUGGCUAGUUUAAUUUUAAAAUUUUAUAUCUGUUAUAACAAUUAUAGUUACACCUUUAAAUUCAAAAAUUAUAUUAAAAGUCUUCUUUUUUCUUUUCAUUCCUUUUAACAAUAUCAAUAUAAUUUUAUUAAACUAUAUUUCCAAUUACUCACUCUCUCAACUAAUUAAUAAUUAAUUUUUUUGUUUUGUAAAGAAAAAUAGUAAAUUACUGUGUUGAAAAGAAAU